UGGGCGUGGCCAGCGCGGCAGCAAUGGCGGCGCUGCGCGUGCUCGUGGGGGUCAAGCGCGUCAUUGACUUCGCCGUCAAGGUGCGGGUGGCGCCGGGCGGGGCGGCGGUGCAGACGCAGGGCGUGAAGCACUCGCUGAACCCCUUCUGCGAGAUCGCCCUCGAGGAGGCCGUGAGGCUGCGCGAGGCCGGCGCCGCCGCCGAGGUGGUGGUGGCGACGCUGGGCACGCGCGCCAGCCAGGAGACCCUGCGCACGGCCCUGGCCAUGGGCGCCGACCGGGCGGUGCUGGCCGAGCUGGGCGAGGGCGUGGCCGCGGGGCCGCGCGAGGUGGCCGCGGCUCUGGCCGCGCUGGCCCGGCGGCUGCAGCCGCACCUGGUGCUGCUGGGCAAGCAGGCCAUCGAUGACGAUUGCAACCAGACCGGGCAGCUCCUGGCCGCCAUGUUGGACUGGCCGCAGGGCACGUUCGCCUCGCGGGUGGAGCUGGAGGCCGGCGCCGUGCGCGUCCAGCGCGAGGUGGACGGAGGCCUGGAGACGCUGCGGCUGCGGCUGCCGGCCGUGCUGACCGCGGACCUGCGGCUCAACGAGCCCCGCUACGCCACGCUGCCCAACAUCAUGAAGGCCAAGAAGAAGCCUCUGGAGGUCGUGGCCACGGCCGAGCUGGGGCUCCCCGCGGGGCCCCCCCGGCUGCGGCUGCUGCAGCUGCAGGAGCCCCCCCCGAGGGCGGGCGGCGAGAAGGUGGAGAGCGUCGAGAGCCUGCUGGGGAAACUGAGGCAGGCCGGCCGCAUCUGACCCGCCGGGGCUCUCCCAGUUCAUCCUCAGUGCCUUCCCAGUUCAGCCCAGUUCAGCCCAGUUUGUCCAAAUUUGUCCCAGUGCUGCACAGAGUGUUAAGAGUCUGAUGGGGAAACUGAGGCAGGCCGGCCGCAUCGGACCCCCCGGGACUCACCGGUUUGUCCCCAGUGCCUUCCCAGUUCAUCCCAGUUCAGCCCAGUUCAGCCCAGUUUGUCCCAGUUCAUCCCAGUCCCGCACAGAGUGUUAAGAGUCUGCUGGGGAAACUGAGGCAGGCCAGCCGCAUCUGACCCAUCAGUUCGUCCCAGUCCCUGCCAGUCCCUCCCAGUUUGUCCCAGUCCAUCCCAGUUUGUCCCAGUUCAUCCCAGUGCUGCACAGAGCGUCGAGAGCAUGCUGGGGAAACUGAGGCAGGCCGGCCGCAUCUGACCCGCCAGGGCUCUCCCAGUUCAUCCCAGUUCCUCCCAGUUUGUCCCAGUUCGUACCAGUGCUGUAUGGAGCAUUGAGAGCCUGCUGGGGAAACUGAGGCAGGCCGGCCGCAUCUGACCCGCCGGGGCUCUCCCAGUUCAUCCUCAGUGCCUUCCCAGUUCAGCCCAGUUCAUCCCAGUUUGUCCCAGUUCAUCCCAGUUCAUCCCAGCACUGUAUGGAACAUUGAGAGCCUGCUGGGGAAACUGAGGCAGGCCGGCCGCAUCUGACCCGCCGGGGCUCUCCCAGUUCAUCCUCAGUGCCUUCCCAGUUCAUCCCAGUUCAUCCCAGUUCAGCCCAGUUUGUCCCAGUUCAUCCCAGUCCCACACAGAGUGUUAAGAGUCUGCUGGGGAAACUGAGGCAGGCCAGCCGCAUCUGACCCAUCAGUUCGUCCCAGUCCCUGCCAGUCCCUCCCAGUUUGUCCCAGUCCCUCCCAGUUUGUCCCAGUCCAUCCCAGUUUGUCCCAGUUCAUCCCAGUGCUGCACAGAGCGUCGAGAGCAUGCUGGGGAAACUGAGGCAGGCCGGCCGCAUCUGACCCGCCAGUUUGUCCCAGUUCAUCCCAGUUCAUCCCAGUUCAUCCCAGUUUGUCCCAGUUCGUACCAGUGCUGUAUGGAGCAUUGAGAGCCUGCUGGGGAAACUGAGGCAGGCCAGCCACAUCUGACCCAUCAAUUUGUCCCAGUUCGUCCCCAGUGCCUUCCCAGUUCAGCCCAGUUUGUACCAGUUCAUCCCAGUUCAUCCCAGUUUGUACCAGUUCAUCCCAGUUCAGCCCAGUUUGUCCCAGUUCAUCCCAGUCCUGCACAGAGUGUUAAGAGUCUGAUGGGGAAACUGAGGCAGGCCGGCCGCAUCUGACCCGCCGGGGCUCUCCCAGUUCAUCCUCAGUGCCUUCCCAGUUCAUCCCAGUUUGUCCCAGUUCAUCCCAGUUCAGCCCAGUGCUGCACAGAGCAUUAAGAGUCUGAUGGGGAAACUGAGGCAGGCCGGCCGCAUCUGACCCGCCAGUUUGUCCCAGUCCCUCCCAGUUCAUCCCAGUCCCUCCCAGUCCAUCCCAGUUCAUCCCAGUCCAUCCCAGUCUGGCCCAGUUCCCCCCAGUGCCUUCCCCCCACCUCAAUAAAGGCGUGGCCAGUCGAUGA